AGAGCCCAUGAUCAAAUCCUUUGGUUUCCAGCCUUAUCAACGACCUCCUUUGGCGCUUCCACGAGCGGUGGAUGCUCCAAACAAACGAGGACUCCCGUGGUAAGCGUAUAAGAUGUCGGACUUCGAGCCAGGAAUAAGCCUGAAUUACUACUUUGCCCUCGCUUCCUUCAGUAAGCCUCCCCCUUUCCACCGAUCCCCCUCGGACCAACCUCCGAUAGCAAUCCUCCUGCAUGAGUAUCUAGACACACUUCCCGUUGAGGUUGACAGGAUGUGGUAUUCAACGUUUCACGGCCCCAGGAUGAGCUGGAACUGGGUCUCAUUCUUCUUCUAUCUAAACCGCUAUUUCAUUUUGGUCAGCCAUGGGCCUGUGAUGCUAGAAUUCUUUUGGAGCACAAGCAACCCCAAUAAAUUACCAGUCUGCCAUGCCCUCCGAGAAUACCAUCAUUACCUAGUUAUCGUCAUCCAGGCUAUCGUUUCUUGCAUGUUGAUAAUGCGCGUAUAUGUGCUAUACGAACGUAGUCGCAGAGUUCUGGCAGUCCUUGUCGGAAUGGCGCUCACGGUCAUUUCGUUUGGUUGCUGGUCAGUUCUCGGCACGAAGAAUACAACCCCAGAUAUGGAUCCAGUGCUUCCUGUGGGGGGAAUACACAUUGGAGCUGCGUGGGGAGGCAUGCUAGUGUUCGACAGCGUAAUUUUCGUCAUGACAGUUCUGAAGUCUUUCCCUCUCCGUUCAAAAAGCCAAGACCUAAUAACUGUGCUACUACGCGACGGCACUAUAUAUUUUAGCGUGAUAUUGGCAGUAAACUUAACCAAUAUCCUUAUCCUUGUGCUUGGUGGGGUAACCCUUUACGAGGAGUCUAGGUACAGUGCCGAUGAACGUGUAGGUUUACUACGCUACUUUGCAUUCACCAAGCACUUAUACAUUCGGCGUUUUCCUCACAGCAUCUCCUCGGUGAUGAUAUCGAGACUCGUGCUUAACCUCCGCGAUCCUGCCCUUGUGCGAGGGAGACAGUCAGGAGAACCUGGUUUGAGUUCCACUGCGGGUGUUUGUCCCAAUAUUUCAACCAUCGCCCAAACGCAAUACACUCGAGAUCCAGAGGAUGGAUGGGUGCCUACAAAUACAACUUAUAAGUUGUACGAGGAAAACAAUGGAUACAGGGGUUCUGGACGACCACACGGCACCCAAACCCACGACAUACAGCUUAUUCCUGUGAAUCAUCGACUCUGAUUCUGUAUUGAUAUGUUCCGUGUACCCAUAUAACUUAUAUAUACGUGAUAGAUGUGCCAUGCC